AUGCAUUUCGAAGAAUUGAAUGAUACAUUGGUUAUCUUAUUUUUAAAGAAACGUUUUUACCAUUCAAAUGAAUUUGGUCAAAUAAAAUGCUGUAAACAAUUAUUUGGUUACCUGACACUGUGCGAUUUCAAUCAACAAGAACAGCACAAUAGUUUUGUCGUGACGCAUCAACAAAGUCAUUGUUUUAUGUGUAACCUGUCAAUGAAAUCAAGUAGUUUACGUAGCAUUAACAAGAUGACCAAUAAAUAA